AUCUGCCUGCUAUUGGAGGCGGGUAGAAAUCCCAUGGAUUGUUUUCACAUGCAGUCGAGAACCCCAAGCAUGUAGGAUUGGUUCUGAAGCAAGAUAUAUUCUUAGUGUUUGUAAUUAUGCGGUUUCAGGGAUUGCUGGCUUGAAAAGUAAGGCAAACAGAGUACAUAAUGAGGAAGGACUAUCCCAAUUACCCAAGGAUGGCUUAAAGCUUCUGUAUGACAUUCUUAUGAAAUGGAUGCAAAUCCCCUUCCGUACGCCCAAGUACUUCUUUAAAUUAAGGCCUUGCCUUGGUUCAGAACUCUUCGCUGUCAAAGAAACUAGAAACCCAGAUGGAAUGUAUGUUUCCCCAGGCUUCAACUUGUCAUCAAAUCUGCGACUUCAAUUAAGAAAUGUGGCACCAGAUGUCCCAGUUCGGUUGAAAAACUUGUACUGCAUGCUCUGCAGUAGAGUAACCUUUCAGGAACCAAGAGAAAGUGGAGUAAACAAUCAGCAAAAGCAGGGUAGUUAUCAAGCUCGGGAAACUGAUGACAUGGUAGAGAUGAACGAAAAGCUGUUGCAGUAUGUAACAGAGUGCAGUACAAAAAAGAGUAAUAAGCGUCAAAGGGGCAACAAUGAUGGUGAGUUUGUAAAUUCGUUUGUGCGUUUCAAACUGAAUGAAAGAGGGCAAGGGUUUGCAAAUUGCGUGCUUGAUGUUUCUGCUUUUCCAGUGCGUUCUUAUAGAAUCAAAUGGCAUAGCUGUUGUAUUGAUAGCUAGGGUACUCGUUGGACCCUCCCCUCUUUGAAUUUGGGACCUGUAUUUACUGUACAGAGGUUAUAGGUUGAUUUUUUAAAUAAAUUAAACCAAACUUGUAAAUGAUCUUGUUCUCUGUAUUGAUUCUACUGUAUAGUUUGUAAUUUUUCCAAUCUACUUUACGAAGAAAUUGUA